AUGUUUUGUUUAUUUAGACUUCGAUUGGAAAAUUCAAUUAUUUAUUGUUUGUUGCAGACGGGAGCCCUGGAAGGAGCACAUUUCCGCAAAACUGGCCGACUUGUGUCACUGAGUGAGCAACAACUGAUCGACUGUUCGAGCAAAUAUGGCAACAGAGGAUGCCACGGCGGUUUCAUGGACCAGGCCUUCACCUACAUCAGGGACAACAAGGGUAUUGACAAGGAGGACACCUACCCGUAUGAGGCUGCUGUGAGUACCUACAUUCA